AUGAAAAAAUCCCCGUACGACGAGAUAGAAGGGAUUUUAGUAAAAUGGUUUAAAGAGGCUCGUGACUCUAAUGUACCUGUAAAUGGCACCAUAUUAAGAGAAAAAGCUCAAGAAAUCGCCGAUAGACUUGGUUUAAAAGACUUUACAGCUUCCAAUGCCUGGAUUGACCGGAUGAAAAAAAGACAUAAUCUUGUGUAUAGAUCGCUCUCCGGAGAAUCAUCAAGCGUGGAUGCAGCUACAAUAGAAGAAUGGAAGAAAAAUUUACCAAAUUUGACCAAAGGAUACAAGCCAAAGGACGUAUUCAAUGCGGACGAGACCGGACUUUUCUUUAACCUUCUGCCGGAUAAAAGUUACGUUUCUAAGGGAGAUUCCUGCCACGGAGGGAAGAUGUCAAAAUUGCGUCUUACAGUUUUACUAUGCUGUUAUUCUGAUGGAAGUGAGAAGGUGACUCCACUCGUUGUUGGAAAAUCACGCAAACCACGAUGCUUUAAAAACGUGAGAAGUUUCCCAACAAAUUAUGAAGCAAACAAAAAAGCUUGGAUAACAAAAGCCCUUUUCGAAGACUUUUUGCAGAAACUGAAUAAAAAGAUGAAAUUUCAGAACCGCAAAAUAAUUUUGUUCAUCGAUCAAUGCAGUGCACAUCCGGAUUUGCAGCUAUCUAAUGUGCGUGUUGAGUUUUUUCCUGCAAACUGUACAAGCAAAUUACAGCCUUGUGAUCUCGGCAUUAUUCGAUCAUUUAAGGUUUUUUACAGAAAGCAACUUGUCCGGAAAGCUGUAGCUGAACUAGAGAACGGAAACCUAAAUGACGCCUGCAAACUAAAGUUAAGUGUUCUGGAGGCUAUGCAUUUUAUUUCUGCUGCUUGGAGAAGCGUUACACAAAAGUGCAUUUCCCACUGUUUUGAAGAAAGCGGAAUCGUAGCUUCUAAUGAACCGUUAACAGAUGCAGGAUUAGAUAGACUAGACUCGGAGAAUGACAAUGAAACAGUUAGCUAUGACUUCGACGAGUACAUCCGAGAAAACUUAGCAACAUGCGAAGCUGAGAGAACCACUGCUCCAUCCGUGGACGAUGUUAUGGACUUUUCAUCCGCCGAUGAAAUGAACAAGAAGAAACAGAAGCACAGCCCGUUCCUUCUUUCAACACAGCAUUGA